AUAAUUUACAGUUUAAAGAGAAUGUUCACGCCCUCCUUUCCCCCUCUCUCUAGCUCGGUUUCUCUCUCAUCUAGGCACAUCAGGCAUACGGGAUUGGCUUGGCGCUGUCACCCGCCGAAUCAAACAGCUAGGCUGCUGAGCGCUGCUUUGUGUCACACAAACAGCCCGUUUCACCUCCGUGCAAUUUUAAUGCAGCAUCGACACAGGACGGGAAACAGUCCAGGCUAUCUGUUGGUUCACGGGAUGCAGUAAACUAUCGUUUAUACCAAACACUGGGUUAUACAUAAAGAAGUAUUCGAGAUUCGAGGAACUGAUUUAUUUGCUGGAUUCAAUUUAGGAACGUUUAGGAAAAAUGAACCCUCAGUGCGCGCGCUGUGGCAAAAUUGUUUACCCGACGGAGAAAGUAAACUGCCUUGAUAAGAACUGGCAUAAAGGAUGUUUCCACUGCGAGGUGUGCAAGAUGACCCUCAACAUGAAGAAUUACAAAGGAUAUGACAAGACGCCCUACUGCAACGCACACUACCCCAAGACAUCAUUCACCAUCGUGGCUGACACCCCAGAGAACCUAAGACUCAAACACCAGAGUGAACUCCAGAGCCAGGUGAAGUACAAGCGUGACUUUGAAGAGAGUAAGGGGCGGGGCUUCAGUAUUGUGUCUGACACACCCGAGCUCCAGAGACUCAGACGCACACAGGAACAGAUCAGUAAUGUAAGCUAUGACAUCACUUCCUGCCACACUGUGACCUCACUCACUCUUCCACACUGUGGUCGAGGUCUUUUCUUCCUUCCUGUUUCCUGUGUUACCUCAUCUCAUCCCUUGACCUGUUGGCUGUGUGUAUGUGUGUGUGUCAAGGUGGUCAGUGUCACGGAGUCUGUAAGUCCUGUUAUGUAAUGGCGAGUUUGUUUGUUUUUAGACAGGAGUGUGUGUUCCUGAGAACAAGAUGUCGUAGAGAAUGUGUUUGAGACAGUAAGGGGAAGUGUGUGUGUAUGUGUGUGUUCAAGAGAGAAUGUGGAUGUGAGCGUAUUGUUGA